CUGAACCAGACAUAGAUGAGAUUGCAACCAAAGCAGAGAGCAUGUUUGCAGGGAGCUCAGAGUUGAGUGCAGUCGAGCUGGACGAUGAGGGUGGCCGGACGUUUUUGAGGGUUUUGAUCCAUCUCAUCAUGCAGGAUUACCCCCCACUGGUGUCUGGCUCGCUGCAGCUCAUCUUCAAACACUUCAGCCAGAGAGCCGAGGUGCUGCAGGCCUUCAAGCAGGUGCAGCUGCUAGUAUCAGAGCAGGAUGUGGAGAACUACAAGCAGAUCAAGACGGACUUGGACCAGCUGCGUCUGACCGUUGAGAAGUCCGAGCUGUGGGUAGAAAAGAGUGGAGUCUACAGCAGCGAAGACCUCGGGGUCAGGCAGGGCAAAGAACAGAACAUCGAGGUGCUGUACCACCAUUUAAUGGUAUCCAGCCUUUAAAAGCAAAAAUCCACAUUUCAGAUUUUAGUUUGGCAUUUAUUGCUUUGCAGAAAGUUACCAUAUUUAUCUCAGACAUGCCAUCAGUCUUCCAGCUGCAGUGUUAAACGGCUUCUUUGUUUGUUGUUAUUUGACAUUAAAGCUGAUGGGGAAACUGUUUUGUUGGCUUAAUACUAAGGAAUAAUGAAUAAUAAUGUCUGGCAGAACAGGAACCUGCUGUAAAUCAGCUUUUAUUAGUCACACCGGUAACAGGCAGUGUGUUUUUACGUCAAUAUUGUUACAGUAAUGCGAUGAUAAGCAUCAGUGCGGGGACUUUUUACCAACACACUGUGACAAAUGGCUGGUA